AUGUUAGAAAAAGACGUAAAUGGUUUUAUUUGGAUAACACAUAGUAUACCCCCACCCCCACAUUUUAGAACUUGUACAGAUACAAUUCUUUUUAAUAAUUAUUAUUUUUUUUCUAUUUCUCUUUUCUUUUUAUUAUUCAUUUCGUUGACCAAGAAACCUACUCUUCUUUUUUUUUUGAAGUUACUGCCAUUUUCUAACAUUCUACAACCCUUUACUUUUUAUCUUGUUUUCCCAUAUAUUUUGGAAAUUUAUUCAUAUAAAUAUAUAUAUAUGUAUAUAUAUAUGAUGGAGUCAUCUACAUUCACAUAUUUUAAAUACUUUAAUUUUUUUUUAUUAAUAUAUUUGUUUGUCUUUUUCUAUAUAUGUCUUCAAUUGAUGAUGUUUCUAUUAAGAAUCAUAUUUUUUUUGUUUGUUAUGGUUGUUAUUUACAGAUACUUUGUUAAAAUAGAUGAUGAAAUAGGGGUACUUUAUAUAUAG